AUGCUCUCCAUAAGUUGUUGGGGAAGAAUUGGUAAUGGAGUUGCAGCAGAAGAUGUGCCUCCACCCGCCUUACUUCAUCCAUUGCAGGGUGAUUUUCCAGAAGUCAUAGAGGAGUAUUUGGAACAUGGAUGUAUGAAAUGUAUUGCCUUCAAUCGUCGCGGUACCCUUCUUGCUGGUAACCUCUCUCUUACUCUUCCAUUUUUCAUAUUCAACUGCCGCUGUGUUUGGGAUUCUAGCAUCAGACGUGGGAUUGGGUAUGGAGAAAUAGCAAUGUGUAUUCAUACGUUUUUCCCUAACGUAGUAAUGAUGCAAUUGGUGCUCAAUGCACUGGAUAAACAUGAUAUGCAUGAUGUGGUUGACGUUUACUUUUCGCCCGUUAUGCUUGGAUUAAUUUAUGAGGAUGUGACGGCUGGCUGCAAUGAUGGAAGUACUGUUAUUUGGGAUUUUGAAACCAGAGGUAUUGCUAAGAUUCUUCAUGAUGAUGAAUGUUCUUCCCCCAUAACUAGUAUCUGUUGGUCAAAGUAUGGUCAUCGAAUUCUGAUAUCAGCUGCUGACAAAUCAUUGAUUUUGUGGGAUGUUAUGAGUGGUAAGAAGAUAACACGAAUAGUGUUGCAACAAACCCCUCUACAAGCUCGUCUUCAUCCAGGAUCCUCAACAUCAUCUCUUUGCUUAGCAUGUCCUCUUUCAUGUGCUCCUAUGAUUGUUGACCUGAAUACAGGAACCACAACUUUGCUUAAAGUUUCUGUAUCAGAGACAAGCAAUGGACCAAUCCCUCCUUCACGCAAUAAGUCUUCUGAUGGAAUUACCUCCUUCACUCCAACUGCUGCUUGUUUUAACAAGCACGGGACCCUGAUUUAUCUGGGGAACUCAAAAGGUGAAAUUCUUGUUAUUGAUUACAAAAAUGGUGAUGUGCGUGCUGUAGUUCCAAUCACUGGUGGUUCUGUUGUAAAGAACAUUGUGUUCAGCAGGAAUGGGCAGUAUCUCCUCACGAAUUCAAAUGAUCGAAUAUUAAGGAUCUAUGAAAACCUUCUGCCCUUGAAAGAUGAGGUCAGAGCCCUUGAUGACCUGAAUGAGAACCUUGGCAAUCUAAAUAAUAGUGAGAAGUUGAAGGCCAUUGGAUCAAAAUAUUUAAUUUUACUCCGGGAAUUUCAAGAUUCCAUCACAAAGGUACAUUGGAAAGCACCUUGCUUCAGUGGUGAUGGUGAGUGUGUAGUUGGUGGUUCUGCUAGCAAAGGUGAGCACAAGAUUUACGUAUGGGAUAGGGCUGGACAUCUUGUGAAAAUCCUUGAAGGGCCAAAGGAAGCUCUUAUAGAUUUAGCAUGGCAUCCUGUACAUCCUAUUUUUGUAUCUGUUUCCCUGAAUGGCUUAGUUUAUAUAUGGGCAAAAGAUUAUACUGAGAAUUGGAGUGCAUUUGCUCCUGAUUUCAAGGAGCUCGAGGAAAAUGAGGAGUAUGUAGAGCAUGAAGAUGAAUUUGAUCUGAUUCCUGAUACUGAGAAGGUUAAAGGACCUGAUGUAAAUGAAGAUGAGGAAGUUGACAUUGUAUCAGUGGAGAAAGAUACCACUUUCAGUGAUUCUGAUAUGUCUCAAGAAGAGCUAUGUUUCUUGCCAGCAACGCCUAGUCGUGAUGCUCCUCAACAGCAAGAUAAGUGUGUAGAAAGUUCUUCAAAGUUGUUGGACAGCAAUAACACUGUAUCCCCUCUUUCAGAAGAAGCUGGACCAAAUGGACAUAUGAUGAAUCAUGCAUCCAGUAAUCUUGAAGACGAUACUGGGCGCAUUAAAAGAAAGCGGAAACCUUCAGAGAAGGUGUUGGAAUUGCAAGCAGAAAAAGUUAAGAAAUCCUCAAAAUCUAGCAAAUUGGCAAAACCUAGGAGCAAAUCUUUGGUUGGCCAAGAUAAUGGUAACAGUUUUCAUGGUGAUGGCCUUUCUGAUGAAUGA